CCUAGAAAUCCUCAAAAAACACACACGCACCCGGACUCCUCCCCACACCAACCCCACUCUCUCUCUCUUAAAAAGUCUUCUCCACAAAAACUCUCACCCAAAACUUGACUCUAUAUACAUAGAUUACAUAUUAUCAGAGACUAUACACAUCGUUUGAGUUUGGACCAUGACUCGGCGAUGCUCUCAUUGUGCCAACGACGGUCACAACUCUCGAACAUGCCCCUCCAGAGCAGGUGUGAAGCUGUUUGGGGUUAGACUCACAGAUGGUGGUUCGAUCAUCAAGAAGAGUGCCAGCAUGGGGAACCUCUCUGCUCACUAUCAUUCUUCUUCCUCCGCCGCCGCUUCACCCAAUCCCAGCUCUCCUUCCUUGGACCCGAUUCAUGACCCGCUUCACCUGCCCGAUGGUUACCUCUCAGACGACCCUGCUCACGCCACCUCUUCCUCCAAUCGCCGUGCCCAACGCAAGAAAGGUGUUCCGUGGACAGAGGAGGAACAUCGUCUAUUCUUACUUGGUCUCCAGAAGUUGGGUAAAGGAGACUGGCGUGGGAUAUCACGUAAUUUUGUUACAUCAAGGACUCCUACCCAGGUAGCAAGCCAUGCCCAGAAGUAUUUUAUCCGGCAUACUAAUGCUUCUAGAAGAAAGAGGCGAUCAAGUCUUUUCGACAUGGUUCCAGAAAUGGGCAUAGAUCCGCCAACAUUGCCAGAAGAACAAUUCGCGCUCCCUCCCUCUGAAGCAGUAGAAACUGAUACUUCAUACUCAUUACUCUCAUUAAAGCUGUCUCUCAAACCGGAAUUCGAACCCAUGGAAGCCACUUCUGAAGACAAGUUUGAAGAAGCCGAAGAAGGGACAAUGCCUUUGGGCGAAAACCAAACAACUGUAGUUCCUACAUCAUCCUUCCCGGUUUAUCUACCUGUUCCAUUUCCACACUGGCUAUCAAGUACAGGCCCCCCUGAAGAAGAGAGAGCAGUAGAUACAUCUAAUCAUCAAGUCAUUAGGCCAAUUCCCAUUCUUCCAAAAGAACCGGUGAACGUGGAUGAAUUAGUGGGCAUGUCACAGCUCAGUCUAGGAGAGAGCGGAACUGGGCAUAUUGGUUCUUCAAAACCCCUCUCCUUAAACCUAUUUGGAGCACCGUCAAGGCCGUCAGCGUUUCAUGCAAGCACUCCAGUUAAUGAGUCAGAUUAGUGAAAGGGCAGUGUGAAACGGUGGAGAAGCUAGACUUUUAUUUGGGUUUUUCUUUUUUGUUAAAUCUUUUGUAAAAUCAUAUCUUUAGAAUAAUCAUGUAGUUUUAUGGGUUAUGUAGGUUAAUGUUAAUGAAAAUAUUUAUAUUCUUUCGUUGUUGUGAACAAUCAAUAGGUAGAAGUUUAAAUAAUUUGAUUGAGUUGGCAAUAACAUACUCUCUCUUUUGAGCUGAA